AUGGCCACAAACAGGCAGUCGCGUUGGAGCAACCUGGAAGAGCUGCAUCAGGAGGACGCUUUCAGCGAGGUGGAAGCCGGGCCUCUGAGCUCAUUGCCGGUACUCACAGCGAAGCUGCUGGUCGAAGUCCUCGUAGAUUCUUCUGAUGCCACCACCUUUCAGACCAACAUCGAUGAUGUACAGCUCGACCUGUGCUACAGCAUCAGUCCCAAAGAAGUGGCCGAAGCUCUGCACAAUUUGACCACUGCCUCACAAGCCAGGAGAAUUCGCGAGUGUUUUCCAUCAGACUCGCCUGGACUGACCCUUUUCGAGAUCUGUGCGCGUGCAGGCCGCUCUGAAAAGAUGCGCGCUCUGGCUGCUGCGGCAACGGCACGCCUGCGGAACUUGAUUCUUGCGGGAAAUGCCGCGCUGCCCGAGGUGCUGAGACUUUUGCGUGCUGGCGCAGAGCCAACGCGACAGAAUUUGAGCUGCUUCGUGAACGAACAGGGCGAUGCCAAGCGAGCCCGGAUUGAGGUUGGACCCAACGCCAGUCCUGGUGCGCGCCGCCUCUCCUGCUCGGGAACGCCCUUGCACUGGGUAUGUCACGCCGCCUCGCGCGUGCCUCACAGCUGCAGGAGCCACUACGUCGAGAUCACGAGGUGUGCCAUGGAUCAUUCUAGCAUGGUCGUGAAGCUUCAAUACCCGUGUAAUGCUCCUGUUGUGGAGUUGUGCUUCAGUGGAUUAACCGUUGCAACCCUCUACACUCCUUGCAGGAGUGUAAUUCAUCUAAUUCUACAAUACAUUGACCGCAAUGAAAUGCUUUGCAAAGUAAAAUGCAACUGGUAUUCAAAGGACAAUUAG